GCCCCGAUGCUGCCCAUGCCGGGCUGGAACAACGCACAAACAAUGUUCAUGGUACCGCCGACUAUAUCUGCGCCCCAGCAGCAGCUGGGACAGGUCGUCGUCGCGCCGCAGAUUGUGGCGAUGACUUCGCUUGACCCCCGCUUCCAGCCGCUGCCGCUGCAGCCUGGCGAGACUGCAUUUUACCCGAGCGGCGAGAGGAGGCGGGCAAAGCAGGCGUGCAUGGCGUGCUGGAAGGCCAAGCUCCGCUGCACGAUGCUCCAGUGCGGCUCGUGCCUCUCUUGCGUCGAGCGCGGCCGGCCGUGCAUCCCCCGCGUUCGCAUGAAGCGGCGGCAGACCCGCGAGCGCCCGCCCUACCCGAGCCUCGACCUGGCCCGGGCGCAGGAGGCGGCGCUGCAGUCUUUGCCGCCGCUGCCGCCGCUGCAACCCAUGCCGCCCUCGGCUGUGGGCCUCGAAGACUUGUGGGGCGGCGCACAGGGCCUUCAGCCCGGCGCCGCCCCCAACUCCCCGACGGUGGCGGGCCUGCCGGCGGUCGCGCCCGUGGCCGCGCCCGACCAGGCGUCGCUGACCGCUGCGCUCUGCUCGUCGUACUCGAUGCACCUGCAGCGGUCGCUCGCCGAUUCGAUGUCCCUCUCGCAGAUGCUCGCUGCGCUGCAGCGCGGCGAACCGGUCGCGCAGGCGAGCUUGUGGGAGGUGCCGGCGCCUCCGCUCGCGGCCGAGUCGUCGACGGAGACGCUCGAGGCACCGCAGGACGAGCACAGGGCCCCGCCGCUCGCCCAAUUGGUGAGCCUCAAGCGGCCGCGGGACACCAAGGAGUACACCAAGGACCACGACUCCAUCGUGGACGAGGUUGCCCGGCGCGAGGUGGUGCGGCGCGGCUCGUAGGAGGAGGAGUCGGCCGCCGCCGCGGCGCUGCUCGAGGCCUCGGCCAGCAAGGAGGGCGGCGGCUCCGGCUCGAACCUGUUCGAAGGAGAAAUUUGCAGGCAGAUGCUGAAAACUGAACCUCGUCGCUGCCCCCGCGGCCCCUCCUCCUGGCCGCGGCCCGAGGUUGCCUUGCGCGCGCUUUUCCCUUUCCCCCACCCGCAUCCGGCGUCUGCUCUGCGCCUUUGCCGGGAACCCCCCCCCUGUCGGACCGCCAGAGCCGCACCGAUGCCAAUUUUGACCGCUCCCGAGAGAUGAGCGAGCGAUAAUGUUUUCGGCCGAGCACGGUGCGAUCGCGCUAUACGAUCGGCCGGCGCUUCACCUGCUCCGUACUACAUGCGCUGAGAGUCGCGGAUACACGUGUGGGGUCUGUGGUCCCAGUUUUUGGAGUUGUGUGUUCUCUCGGCGCUCGUGCGUGUUCGCCCCAUCCCCACAUGAGAAUGACCACCCAUGCAUGUGUGUACCUGCCAUUUACGUACGGCAGCGUGGGCGAAUCGGAGAAUCAGUUUUGUUAUUGUUAUUUGGGUUCACUGUCUGUCGAAA